UCGGCGCCGCCUGUGACGCAGCGCCAGCCCUGCUCGGGGAAGGACCCCGCUCGUCUAUUGCGCUGCCUGCAAAAACAACCCCCACCACCAGCCCGGGUUGGCCUCGGGGUCUGUUUGCGGGAGCUCCGUGGGCCGGAGCGGCGGGAAAAAGCGGCCAUGGAUCAGUGCGUGACGGUGGAGCGCGAGCUGGAGAAGGUGCUGCAGAAGUUCUCGGGCUAUGGGCAGCUCUGCGAGCGGAGCCUGGAGGAGCUGAUCCAGUACGUGGCCGGACUGCGCCGCGAGAUCCUCCAAAGCGAGAAUCAAGAUGGCGACCUAUCAGGAACCAUAUCACUUGUUAUGACUCAGUGUUGCAAGCGAAUAAAGGACACCGUUCAGAAAUUGGCCUCAGAUCACAAGGAUAUCCACAGUAGUGUUUCUCGUGUUGGGAAAGCUAUUGAUAAGAAUUUUGACUCUGACAUCAGCAGUGUGGGAAUAGAUGGAUGUUGGCAGGCUGAUAGCCAGCGAAUUUUGAAUGAGGUGAUGGUAGAACACUUUUUUCGGCAAGGAAUGCUAGAUGUAGCGGAAGAGCUUUGUCAGGAAUCUGGGCUUUCAAUAGACCAAAGUCAAAAGCAACCAUUUGUGGAGCUGAACCGAAUACUGGAAGCACUUAAAGUUAGAGUUUUGAGACCUGCAUUAGAGUGGGCUGUAUCGAAUAGAGAAAUGCUUAUGGCACAGAAUAGCUCAUUAGAGUUUAAACUACACCGAUUAUAUUUUAUUAGUUUAUUAAUGGGUGGAACUUCAAACCAGAGAGAAGCUUUGCAAUAUGCUAAAAAUUUUCAACCUUUUGCUCUUAACCAUCAAAAAGAUAUUCAAGUUUUAAUGGGAAGCCUAGUCUACCUUAGGCAAGGAAUAGAAAAUUCCCCGUAUGUUCAUUUAUUGGAUGCAAACCAAUGGGCAGACAUCUGCGACAUCUUUACAAGGGAUGCUUGUGCUCUCCUGGGACUCUCAGUUGAAUCACCUCUUAGUGUUAGCUUUUCAGCAGGUUGUGUAGCAUUGCCAGCUCUAAUUAAUAUAAAAGCUGUGAUUGAACAGAGACAGUGCACUGGUGUUUGGAAUCAGAAAGAUGAAUUACCGAUUGAAGUGGACCUUGGGAAAAAGUGCUGGUACCAUUCAAUAUUUGCCUGCCCCAUCCUUCGUCAGCAAACAACAGAUAAUAACCCACCUAUGAAGUUGGUUUGCGGUCAUAUUAUAUCAAGAGAUGCUCUAAAUAAAAUGUUUAAUGGCAGCAAGUUAAAAUGUCCUUAUUGUCCUAUGGAACAGAGCCCUGGAGAUGCCAAACAGAUAUUCUUCUGAGGACACAAUUCACUCUAGUUUAUGCGUGUGUUUUGGGAGACUGAAACAAGCAAAUGCUCCAUUUUAUGCUGUACAGACCAAGGAGGACUUCUGUGUUUUGUAUAAGCCUAAUGCUCCAGAAAAAAAUUGCCAACAUUUAGUGCAGACAUACCUAUUGGAAAACCUGCCGAAAUAAUAUCUGUUCUAGGGCUUUCACUCUACCCUUGGUCUCCAUAACCGAUCAAGGUACAACACCAGCAAUUGUCAUUCAAUGCAGGGUUUUGUACUUAAUUGUGUGGUGACUUCAUUUUUUAAAGACAGACAGAAGCCAGUCAGCAUAU